UAAAUCACAUUCUCAUUAAACAUGUCAUCAAACGAUUGUCAUUCAAAAAGUUUAAAAGACUUAAAAGCGGGCGAAGAGUUUGAUUUGGAGAAAGUGGUACUCAUUAGAGGACAGACACCCCAUGGUAUCAAAGAGCGGUGUUUGCAGUUAUGUAGAGACUAUUUGGCCCACAAUUGGAUCCAACAAACCGUGGACUCAAUACAAGUCCGAACAAUACCCGGGAGUUUGAAUAAUGAGUUAUACUAUUGUGGAGUCAAUGAGCCCUCCCUUACAUCCACUGCCCCUCAAGAGGUGGUCAUCCGAUUGUAUGGCCGUAAAGUGUAUAACAAUCUGAAUAGUGAUGGAAAUGAGAGGUUGAAAGACAUGAGAAGUGAACGCCUGAGUGAUGUCAUCACAUCUCUGAUGCUAUCGGAGACACAAUUGGGACCAAAAAUAUACGGACUCUUCGAAGACGGACAGAUCCAACACUACUAUCAGCACCGACACUUCAAACUCGAAGAACAAAAUAACCUAAAACUGGUUGAAGAACUGUUCCGAAAGAUAGCUCGUGUCCACGCCCUCGACGUCCCCCUCCCGAAGAAGCACUGGAUCUUCAGAGAGAUGGAUCUCAACUGCGAGGAGGCGUAUAGAAGACCUGCCAUUAAUGAGAUGAUUGAAGGGCUUAACUGCGAGACAAUCAAAAGUCACGAUUUGAAGGCUGAGGUCCAACCUGCCAUUAAUGAGAUGAUUGAAGGGCUUAACUGCGAGACAAUCAAAAGUCACGAUUUGAAGGCUGAGGUCCAGUGGCUGAAGGAUAUGAGCGUCAAAAUAGACAGUCCUCUCGUGUUUUCACACAACGAUUUGUUCAGCUCUAAUGUAUUGGUUUUAGACAAUGAGACGGCAUCUGGGGAUCAGUUAGUUAUCUGUGAUUAUGAAUAUAGCAGCUAUGGGUUCAGGGGAAUGGACCUGGGCACCAUUAUCAACGAAUGGGGUCGACUCCGCACUGACAUCCUAACUGUGCAUACUUUUGCCGACGACUCUACGAUCAAACAAUUACUUCAAUACUAUGUCUCGGAAAAUGAGAUUAUCUUCGGAAAGAGUUGGUCUCAAAAUGGGAUGAAUUCAACGGAACAGCUGUUAAAAGAAGUGAAAUUUUGCUAG